AUGGGUCAAGGUGUUUCGUUUCAGAACGAACCUGAAGCAGACCGUUCAACGCCAUCCGAUGCUCGCAGUCCCAGUUUGGAUACUGGCAGGUCGUUGAGCCACCGUGGAUCGUUUCCGAACGAGCCCUCUGGAGACCCUUCGACCCUACCGGAGGAGCAAAUCCCCAGUUUGAAUGAAGGUGUGCAGCUGUCUUCCGGUGUGCAGGACAUGGGCGCAGGGCAAGCACGUGCAUCGGGGAGUUCCGAUAGCGCCGUUGCAGACUACUUCAAGGACAACUGCUUCAUCGAAGAUCCCUCCUCUUCGGCCACCAGCGAUAUCAUGUUGCGAGAGCCUAAGGAGGAGGUCGCUCGCGGUGAAGAUAACGAUACUCCAGUGAUCAACUGGACUCCCCGUGCAGUCUACUACCCCGCAGUUCAUAUUUCCGACGGUGCCAGGGUCACAGGCAACCCCGUCAUCGCCGGCGGGGACGUCAACAUUUUUAACAUAUAUAAUAAUGCAGCGGACGUCGCAAAUGGGCAAUCCGCGGAUGGAAAAUUUGAAAGGUUGAGGGGAGAAAUCCAAGACUGGUUUGCACAGAGCGCCAACUUCCACGUCGUUCAACAGCAGAAUUACGAAAAAUGGACCGAUGGAACUCUUUCCUGGUUUACCGAAUCAGAGGAUUACCUGACGUGGAAGGAUGGAAGACGCCGUAUUCUUUGGGGCACUGGGAUUCCCGGUGCUGGGAAAACAAUCCUGGCUGCGAAGACCAUUCAUGACCUUCAGAUACUUCAGGAGGCUUCCCCCAAGAAGAUUUGUGUUGUAUUUGCGUAUUGCCGAUAUUCCGAACGAUUGAACGUCAAGGAUAUCCUCGAAUCGCUUGUUACGCAGUUCCUCGAGGCCGAACCAUCGCUUGCGGACCUCGUCGAGCCCCUCUAUUCACUGCACCAACGGAAAAAAACCCGCCCUACUCAGCAAGAACUUUUAGAUUUGUUGCGUCAAUUCGAGGGCCGAUUCGACAUCGUGUUCUAUGUUAUCGACGGACUUGACGAAGCGCUGGUCGACACUCAGUUCGAUCUGAUCAAGGUCAUCAACUUCCUUCAAGGCCAGUUUGCAUUGACGUCGCGGCCGUUGAAGAAGCUUGAGGCGGGGCUCCCAACCACCAGGUUCUACUCGGUAACCGCAAAGACCUCCGACAUCGUUCUCCUCAUCGUGCAGAUGGUAGAGCGCAACCCUGGAUUUCGAACCCUUUUGGAGCAACACUCUUACCUUCAUGAACUGGUUCGGCAAAUUUCAGACAAAUCGAAGGGGAUGUUCCUUCACGCUGCGCUGCAGAUUGAAUUUGUCCAACAUUGUCUCAGCAUUGCAGAUCUGGAACAGGCACUGGAUAGCUUGCCAACGGACCUUCACGACAUAUACUCCCAAGCGCUAAAGCGUAUCAACGACCAGCCGAAACGAAACGCCAACCUCGCCAAACACGUCCUUCUGUGGCUCGUUUUUGGACGAGAGGCACUUUCUUUCCCUGACCUUCAGCAUGCCCUCGGUCUCACUCUUCCUGAUUACCGCGACGGGGUCGACAAGGAAGCUCUUGCGUCGAUAUGCUGUGGUUUGGUCACUGUGGAAGCAGAAACGGAUCUUGUCCGCCUAGUCCACUUUACCGCUCAAGAUGCUCUCGUGCCCAUCCUGAAGGAAUAUAUCCCAGACCCACACGGCGUGCUCUUUUCGGUAUCCGCUCAACGCCUCGUUGACUGUGGCAUCAUCAGCAACUCUGUCGGUGCGAAGACCCGUGAAGAUCUCAGCCAAGCAUUGAAAGGACACCCACUUCUGAAAUACUGCUACGACCACUGGAGCCAUCACGCACGGGAGUGCAUGGCAAAUCCAGUAUUGCGUGAUGCGGUACUUGAUUUUGUCCGCCGAUGCAAGUCCUUCCCAGACAUGGAUCCGGAUGGGUGGAACCUCACAUUUCUGACUCCCCUUCACAUUGUGGCGCGGCAUGGACUUCAUCUCAUUCUCGAUGAAGCUCUCAUGAACAUUGCAGGGGGGAAGGUGACAUUGCGCACGCGUGGGCGGAGGAAAGCCACUCCCUUGAUGCUAGCAUCGGAACACGGCCAUGUGGAGGUCAUUGACGCGCUACUGCGAUACACCAGAAGAUCGAUGUUGCGGUCGACGUUGAGUGGCGAAGGGCGACCAGGGAGCCAUCUGUUCUUGGGUCAGCUUAAUCUUCGGGAUAGUAGGGGGAUGACUGCUCUCAUGUUUGCCUCCAGAGAGGGUCAUGCGGAUGCAGUACGGCGCUUACUGGCUCACAAGGACACACAGGUUAAUCUUACGGACGAAAGCGGCCGGACAGCAUUGAUGCACGCAUCAGAAAAUGGCCAUGAAGGCCCUGUCCAACAUCUGCUCGAUCACAAGGACAUACAGGUCAAUCUAGCUGGCAGAAACGGCUACACGGCGUUGAUGUUCGCGUCGUGCUAUGGCCACGAAGCCAUCGUUCAGCGCCUGCUCGCGUGCAAGGCGACCCAAGCCAACCUCGCUAACGACGACGGCCAAACAGCACUGAUGCUCGGGUCAAGCAACGGUCGCGGAGAAGCCGUUCACCACCUACUUGCCCACCAACACAUACAGGUCAAUCUCGCUGAUAACGACGGCUGGGCAGCAUUGAUGCUCGCGUCGGCCCAGGGCUACAAAGUGACUGUACAGCCCCUACUCGCUCACAAGGAUACCCAGGUCAAUCUCGUCAACAAAGUCGGCCGGACGGCAUUGAUGCUCGCGUCAUGCAAUGACCACCAAGGCCCUGUCCGACACUUACUUGCUCACGAAGACACCCAGGUCAUGCUGGCCGACAACAACGGCUACACGGCACUGAUGCUCGCGUCACGUUAUGGCCACGACACCAUCGUUCAACUUCUGCUCGCGCACAAGCAGAUCCAGGUCAAUCUUGCUGACAAUGAGGGCCGGACGGCACUGAUGAUCGCGUUGAGCCCUGGAUCCGGCCACAUAACCAGUUUGGACCCCUGGUCAUUGUUUGACAAGGAACGACGCCUACGUCUUAUAGCACUUCUCGUAGGGUGUCACGAUUUAGAUGCCAACGCCGUUGACGAAGACGGGGAUACUGCGCUGAUUUUAGCUGCAAGGGGGGGACGCUCGGAGGCCGUCUCUCUGCUCCUCCAACGGACAAGGAUCAACAUUCAUCACAGGAACAAAAUGGGUGAAUCAGCACUUACAGUCGCUUGGGAGGGUUUAGCAGAGGUGGAUUCUGGAGCCAGGGGGUGGGGGUACUCCGAGUGGGAGCACUCCGAGGAGGAUCCUGGAACGGAGGAAGACUACAAAGCUAUCAUCCAGAUUCUCACUGAGUUUGAGCGCCGCUCAUCUUAA